GGUAUAUUUCUUGGUAUUAUUAUUAUCAUUACUACUUUACCAACUUUUAAUUAUUAUUAUUUUAAGCUAAUUUCAGUGGCUAAAUCUUGCACUCACCAUGGAACAAAACUGGGUUUCACCCAAUCUACAAAAUAUGAUUCUCCUGUUAUUUGUUUUGAGUUUCUUGAGCAAAGAUCGUAUCUUUUGUGCUUGUAUGUAUAAUCACAGUACUAGUGAUAGUAAUAGCACUAUUAUACAACAAGACAUCAACUCACUUAUGUUGUUUAAGUCUCAAAUUCAAGACCCAACUCAAAGAUUGUCUUCUUGGGGUGUUGGAUUUAGGUGUAGUAAUUUUACUGGUGUAGUUUGCUCAAAUGGGUCGGGUCAGGUCAUUUCAGUUAACCUAACGGGUAUGAGCUUGGUGGGUCAGCUUCAUUCAGGUUUAUGUGAGUUGUCACUUGUGGAAAUCUUGAUUUUGUCGAGGAAUAACUUUAGUGGCUCGAUUCCACCGUGUUUUGGGGGGUUUAGGAAGUUGAAGAUGUUGGAUGUUAGUUUUAAUGCUUUUAGUGGGGUUGUUCCGAAUACAAUCUUCAGGGUUAGUAGGCUGCGUGAGCUUGAUUUUGGACACAAUUAUUUUGACGGGGUGAUUCCGUUGUGGAUUGGGAAUUUUUCGGUAAGGCUUGAGAAGAUGGACUUGGGUUCUAAUAGGUUUGUUGGAGAAAUACCGGAAAGCUUGCUGUACUUGAAAUCGCUCAAGUAUUUAGAUCUUUCUCAUAAUUAUUUGUCUGGUGAUCUUCCUGAUUUUCAUCAGUCAUUGGAGUAUCUAAAUCUGGAUACAAAUUUAUUUUCGGGGACUUUGAGAUGCCUUUCAUCGUCUGUAAAUUCACUUACAGUACUCAGUGUAGCAAAUAAUUCUAUUGUGGGAGGAAUACCCACUUGUAUUUCUUUCCUUCGAGCAUUGACACAACUUAAUUUGUCAUUCAACUUGUUGAAAUAUGAUAUUUCUCCUGGAUUUGUGCUCUCUGAGAAACUAGUUGUCUUAGACUUGAGCUUCAACGAGUUAUCCGGUUCGCUUCCUAGUAAGAUAGUCAAAGCGACUGAGAAGUCUGAGCUUAUGCUUCUUGACUUGUCACACAACCGAUUCACCGGAGAUAUUCCAUUAGCAAUCACAGAACUGAAAUGCUUGCAAGCACUGUCUCUUUCCCAUAAUCUUCUUUCGGGUGAGAUCCCAGCAAGGAUUGGGAAUUUGACCUAUCUGCAAGUGAUUGAUUUGUCACACAACUUGCUAUCAGGUUCAAUCCCUUUGAACAUAGUUGGUUGCUUUCAACUGCUGGCACUAGUGCUAAACAACAACAACCUUUCUGGUGAAAUUCAACCCGAGCUUGAUGCCUUAGAUAGUCUAAAGAUACUUGAUAUAAGCAACAACAUGAUUUUUGGGGAAAUCCCUUUGACCUUGGCAGGCUGCAAGUCACUGGAGGUUGUAGAUUUCAGCUCUAACAAUCUUUCAGGGUCCCUACGUGAUGCAAUAACUAAAUGGUCAAACCUUAGAUUUAUUUCUCUUGCUCGGAAUAAGUUCAGUGGAGCUCUUCCUAGUUGGCUUUUUAUGUUUGAAGCAAUCCAGACAAUGGACCUGUCCAGCAAUGACUUUUCUGGUCAUCUACCAAAUGGAAACUUCAAUUUUAGUUUAAAUUUUAACAAUGGGGAUACUGUUUUACGGAGUCAAAGUGCAUCACUGGUUGCAUCCCGAGAUCUACGCAUCAGGCUUUCAUCACUGGUUGCUGAUAGAAAUGUAUUGACUGUCAAGUACACCCUCUCUUCCUUGGUUGGCAUUGACAUAUCUGAUAAUCAGCUUCAUGGGGAAAUUCCUUCGGGUCUGUUUGGGCUGCAUGGUUUAGAGUACUUAAAUUUAUCUUAUAAUAGUCUUGACGGUCAGAUUCCGCAAAGUUUGACAAACAUGAGGAGCUUGAAAGCUCUGGAUUUGUCACAUAAUUCUUUGUUGGGGCAAAUUCCAGAUAAUAUCUCUACCCUUGGAAAUUUGUCUAUCCUGAAUCUAUCAUAUAACUCCUUGUCUGGCAUCGUUUCCAAGAAAAGAGGAUAUUCAAAAUUCCCAGGAGCUUUGGCUGGGAAUCCAAACUUGUGCCUAGAGUCAUCUGCUCUUACGUGUGAGACAAAAAGGCAACCAGCUGUGCCACAGGCCUUGAAAGAAGAAAUGGAAGAAGGACCAAUAUCGGUUUGGGUGUUCUGUAUUAGUGCUUUAGUUAGUUUUUACCUUGGUCUUCUUGCAAUAUUUUGUUCACCUCGAACAAGAAUGUACAUUCUGCAAAUCAAAGCUGAGAUGUAAUCCUAACGUGAUUUUCUGAUGAUUUUUUAUUCUGACCGGCAUUUAUCUCCUGUUGUUGGAAUGUGUUUACUGAAUGAAGUAUUUGCUCUUUGACAA